AUGGUGACUUUACAUGUUUCGGAAGCUGAUAAUGCUAAGAGGACUAGUACCUCCUGGAGAAGUCCAUCCCAACAGGAAAAGAGCUAUCCUCCCCUGCCCUCAUUCUUCACCAAGGGGUCAAACAACAAAUAUGUUCUCAAGGACAAUGAUGGUCACUUUUAUGAUGUAUCCUUGGGUGAGAUCCUAGAGAGAACCAGUCAAUACGAUGGAAUGUCGUCUGAUGAAAGCAUUGGUCCCUCACUAUUCACUUCCUCCCUCUCAUACAAGUCUUCCUUUGACCAGACACCCAUCUCCCCAUUCUCAUCCAGCCCACCCACCAAGCCAAGCAGACCUUCUCUUGGGGAGUCUUCUCAUCAAAGAGACCUCAUUCUUCCUCGCCCGAGGCUACCUGAACCAGUAGCUCGACGACGAGAUAGUGGGUCGGCGUACAGCGUUGAAGAUGUCUUGGUUGAGGCUGUUGACUACACUGCCACUGCCACUCAAACCUCUCCCCGCAACUCAAUCCUGAAGGAAAAUUCCGCUCCUGCCCCCAAGAUUGAGAUUGACUCUGAGUCCCAGAACUUGGAUGAGUAUCUGAGGAAGUAUGGUCAGAGAAAAGUCACUCGGCAAAAGCACAUCAUGACUGCGUUUCUGAUUUCUGUCAAUUUUAUGUUCAUCUUUGCCUCUUGGUGGUGGCCUCGCUAUUACUAUGUCUACAUCCCAUUCAUCUCAUUCCCCCUUGUCCUCAACUGCAUCAUGAUCGCCUCCAUCAUCUGUAUCACUCUCAAGAAUCUCAUCUCUGCGGAGAAGAUCAUUGAGCCUGAUCACCUCGAGGACCUCAUCAUGAUUAUGCCUUGCUAUAACGAAACUCUGGAAGAAUGUACCAAGUCUCUUGAUUCCCUUGUUGAUCAAGUUGGUAUUGACAACCACAAGAGGGGUAUCAUGGUUAUUUGCGACGGCCGUGUCCGCGGCCCUGGAAUGGAGAAAACGACAGCCCAGUACCUCAAUGAAGACACUUUUGUCGAGAAACUCCACCGUGAGAAGAUCACCAGAGCUUAUAGAGCCUGGGAUGGUCAGGCCAUGGAUGUUGAGGUCUCAUGGGGUUACUAUAAGGGCGUCCCCUUCUACUGUAUCGUUAAAGAGAAAAAUCAGGGGAAACGCGACAGCCUCAUUGUUAUCCGGUCGUUUUUGUACAAGUUCAACAUCAGACAAACCAACCCCACGACAAUAUUUUCUUCUCAAUUUCUGCUCUCAAUGAGCGACUGGCUUACACAAGAGGUCUGCAUUUCAGAGCUUCUCAAAGAAUCAAAAUACCCAAAUACGGUGGGCGUUUGUGGCUAUGUUGCAGUUGAUUUCAAGGACGGCAAUUGGAAUCUGUGGUCAAUCUAUCAGAAUGCCGAAUACAUAAUUGCUCAAGGCUUGAGACGACUGCACCAAUCCAUUGCCACAAAAAAGGUCUCAUGCCUGCCAGGAUGUUGUCAGCUACUAAAAUUCUGCGACAUGACUUGCGGUGACAAGGUCCUUGUUGAGCUGUUUGGAUAUUAUCUUAGACCGCUCGAUGGCAUGAUCACACGCAUUCGAGCCACUGCUUCUGAAGUCAGAAAUCAUAUCUGUCAGCUUCUCACAACCUUCCCAGAGGCGCAAACUCGACAGGCUUUGAGAGCCCGAGCGUACACAGAUGUACCUCAUUCUUGGAGUGUUUUCUUGUCUCAACGACGUCGAUGGACCCUUGGAGCUACAAGCAAUGAUUUGCUGUUGGCGACAGCAAGACACUGCCAAUGGUGGGAACGAAUUCUCGCUUUUUCUAAUCCAUGGUGGAUCAUCAUGGCCUUUGCAGGCAUUAUGAUCGUACCACUCAUCUACUACGUUAUCAUGGCUGUCUGGCUCCCUCAGUCAAUGCUGGAAAGAUUCCAGUAUCUUUUCGGUCUUUUCAUCUUCGUUGUUCUCGGACCAUUUUUGAACAUUGCAGUCAUGGUCUUUGCAGUUUUUAACAUGGAUAGCUUUGGCUGGGGUAAAACUAGGAAGGUCAUCGCUGAAACCCCUGAAGACCAAGUUCAGGAAAAGCAAAGACUGGAGGAGUCUGGAAGUGGCUCAGCCUCACCACAGCUGAAUAAUGGAAGUAAACAGGUUGAUGAGACUGCAGCGGGAGUAGCUAUCUGGAGGCCAACAGUAGUAUACGUGCCUCCAAUUGCUCAACACCGGUAG